UUGUGAUGGCGCCGCGCUUGUCUUGGUUCGCUGCAGAACGCCGGCCCAGAUGGUGUCUGAAUUGCCUGUCAAAUUGGGAAAGCGAGAAUGACAAACGUAAAUGGAUGGAAGAGCAUGAAGUAAAUAUCGUAAUUGAAAAUGAAUUUGGAUUCUCACAUGGGUCUACCAUCUAUUCAGUCAUGAUAUUAAUGCUACUUCAGUUUGCAAUGGAACCAGCUGGAGGCUUUGGACUGGAAGGCCAAAGCAAUGUGGAUAGUGCCAAAGAAAGGCCUUUGUACAAUAACAUUCGAUUGCCUGAUGAACAUAUUCCUUAUUUUCUACACAAUAACAUACAUAUAGCUGUUAGUUGUGAGAAAGACUCCCUCUGUCCAUUUAAGAAACACUUGAGCAAGCUGGAAUCAUGCUGGGGGUAUGAAAAGAAUUGCAAGCCAGAAUACAGAUUCAGUUACCCAGUGUGCUCUGAAGCUACUUCAGGAUGGGCCAAUACAAUAGAAGGAGCAGAGGAGAUUUUUUGGAAGCAGGGCGAUUUUGGUUAUGUUAAAGAAAUGCUUCAUGAGAUGAAAACAUUGUGUGAACCAGUCAAAUCAGGUGAUUCAUUCCUGGCAUGCACAAAAUACACUCGCUAUUGCAGAGCUACUAACCUCUACAUUGAUUUGAGAAAUCCAAGAAGAAACACAGAUAGAUACAAGGAAGAUUUUCUUCAAGAGGGUGAUAUUGGAGGUUGUUGUAAAUUGAACAAGGCGUCAUUGAUGGCUGAAGGAGAACAUAAGAGUCCUCUGCAGUCCUGGUUUGCAGAAUUACAAACAUAUUCUCAGCUAAACUUUCAACCGAUGGAAGAUGGAAAUUGUGACCUCAUAAUUGAAAAGCCAACCUACUUCAUGAAGCUAGAUGCAGGUGUCAAUAUGUAUCACCAUUUCUGUGAUUUUAUUAAUCUCUAUAUUUCCCAACACAUCAACAAUUCUUUUAACACCGAUGUGAAUAUCGUGAUGUGGGAUACUAGUUCCUAUGGUUAUGGUGAUUUAUUUAGUGAUACCUGGAAAGCAUUUUCUGAUUACAACAUUAUACAUUUAAAAACAUUUGACCAUAAACGGGUAUGCUUCAAGGAAGUAGUCUUUUCAUUGCUCCCACGUAUGCGCUAUGGAUUAUUUUACAAUACACCUUUGGUGCCUGACUGCUUCAGCACUGGAAUGUUCAGAGCAUUUUCACAGCAUGUCCUGUUUAGGUUGAAUAUUACACAAGAUAUUCCCGUGAUUGGAAGAAUCCGUAUUACAUUCCUGGUUCGGAGCACUCAAUACCGCAGAAUUCUAAAUCAGGAUGAGCUGGUGAAGGCCUUGAAGACAGUGUCUGUAUUUGAUGUCAGAGUGGUGGAUUACAAAGACAUUGGAUUUUCAGAGCAACUAAAAAUAACACAUAACUCGGAUAUUUUUAUCUCCAUACAUGGAGCUGGACUGACUCACCUGCUUUUUCUACCUGACUGGGCUGUCAUUUUUGAACUGUAUAAUUGUGAAGAUGAUCGCUGCUAUUUGGAUUUAGCUCGGCUUCGAGGAAUUCACUAUAUGACUUGGGAGAAAACUGACAAAGUGAUACCUCAGGAUAAGGGACAUCAUCCAACACUUGGGGAGCAUCCCAAGUUUACCAACUACUCUUUUGAUGUGACUGAAUUUAUGCGUCUGGUGCUGUCUGCUGCACAGAAAGUAACACAGCAUCCGAAAUGGCCUUUCACACAGUAUCAUAAUGAAUUAUGACAAAAUAUGGAAGUUAUGUUUCAUUGGUGAAUUUUAAAAAGACAUUGAUCACUUUUUAGACACUCUUGUAAAGACAAAUAAGAUUCUCUUUUUGUUAGAUGUACUGUAUCAAAUACGUUUCUUGGUAUGUAAGGUAUUCAUGGUCAGAAUCAAAUAUUUGAAAGUAGGCAAGUUCUCUAAGUUUCAAAUUAUACCAUUAGCUAUUAGAAUUUAAAUAUAAAUCUGUUUGCAGUAUGCAACAAGGAUUUGCUUUGUAUUUAUAUACUCCCUCCCCUUUUCAUAUAGUAAUACAUCCAAAAGAGUUUGUUUUUGUCUGAGUAUCCCUCCGUUCAUGUUGAGUGAAACAAAUAAUUACUGAUGACAGAAGUCAAAGUUUAGUGUGGUUUUGAGAAGGAUCUUAAUGGGAGAAAGAGACUUGGAGAUUUUAGGGAGGGAAUUCCAAAGAAUGGGAAAAAUGACAGAAGACAUGACUAUGUGAUUGGGGUGGAUGGAGGUGUGGAGGGAGGAUUUUUUUUGUUUGAAAAGACCAGUGUUAGAGGAACAAUCUGUUUUGGAACAAGUCAGGACGAUAAGGUUAGAUAAGAAUUUAAACACAAGGUAGAUUGUCUGAGAAGUUGAGAAACUAUGAAAGUCAGGAAGGAGUGGUGGGGAUUGAUGCAGAAUAGUAAAUGGGGAUAAGUUGAGGUGGCAUUUUCAGAGAAUUGUGAAUGGCUGGGAGAGCUUUGAACUAGCUCAGUCUGGAAAUGACCAAGAGUAGAUGACCUUCGGCAGAUGGGUGACAACAGGUACAGAGACUCUGCAGGUAAUGCUGCUACAGCUCCAGGGUUCAAUCCUGAUCUCCAACAUUGUGUGGAGUUUGCAUGUUCUCUUAUUAACUGUGUGCAUUUCCCAUGGAUGCUCUGGUUUCCUCCCACAUCCCAAAGAUGUGCUGUGUGGUAGGUUAAUUGCUUACUAUAAAUUGCCCAUAGUAAAGGUGGGCAGAAAGAGAAUCCUGACAAUCACGAUAGAGUUGACGGAUAUAUGAGGGGUAAGAUUACAGGGAAAUAAGUGGGGGAUGGGGCAUUGGAAUGCUCUGAGAGCUGGCAUAGAUAUGAGAAGCAGCCAGUCAGCCCAUAAUGUCAUUAGGAAGUAUGAGAAAUGAUGUGGAGAUAAAAAUAAUUGCUCUUUGGAGAAACUGGUAGGAUUGGAGACAAUUUGAGGGAUGGGGUGCAAAGAAGAUUGUUCCAGUCUUGUCGUCGUUUAGUUUAGCUAAUUCCAAGAUGGGGUGGUGUUUAAGCCAUUUAAGAGCACGGGGCAGUGAAAAACUCAGAGUCAAAAGCAGCAGUGGAAAUCCGUGGCUGAAUGUUGUCAGUGUACACUUGGAAACAGAAACCAUGUCUUUUGGAUUAUAUCACCAAGAGGCAAUGAGCAGACAGAGAAGAUGAAGCACUAAGGAUAUUCUUAAGGGAAUUUGAAGGGUAAAAGUCUGGGUAUGAGAACAGAAGCCAUUGCUAGAUAGGUGAGAGCGGAGCCAGUAAUGGCAAUCCCACUCCCCUGGGCAUUAGAGAAGAAGUUUCAGAGGAUGGUGUAGUCAACUGUGACAAGGACGCUGCAGUAUUUCCUGCAUUUUCUGUUUUAUUUCAGAUUUUCAGCAUCAGAAGUCUUUUCAUUUUCAGAAUAAAUUAUACCGAAACUAGAUGUGAAAGAUCAAGAGAAUAUACUGAUCACGAGGGCAGGAUACAAAUUUGACCCUUCCAGUUUUCCUUCAAUAACAAACAAAAUUUGUUUUUUUAAGCCAAACUUAUUUGACAUUUUACUGUUGUGGACAGUAUAAAGUUUUCAUUUUAGUCUCGAUCAGUCUUUGAUUCAGAUUCGUGACCUGCAGUGCUGAGCCAGUUCAUCCUUCCAACCCAUCAUUCUAUUCUACACUACCAUUUCCUUAAAUGUUUCAUGCUCCCCCUCACCAAGUGCAAGGAGUUCAUGGCACCAAUUUGUCUAAGAGUCCAACCGCUCGUUACCCGGCUCUGGCUGUUCCCAACCCCCACCCAUCCUCACCCACUAAAACUUGCCAAACUCAUACCGGUUAUUACUAGGAUUCCACACUUUUUAUUCUUUCUUUCCCCACCUCUUGUUCACCUCUCAGAUCAGUUUGUGGAUAGGACCCAACUUCUGCUCCAACCAUGUAUCCUUUUUCCUAGAAUUCCAUACUGGAAUUUUACCAAACUAGUCAGUGACCUCCACAGCAUCAUUGGAAAGAGAAAUGGCAUUAACUUCUCAGGCUGAAGACUGUUCUUCAGAUCUGUGCAUUAUUCUGCUGAUUAGGAUUUUUUUUUGUCGCUACAUGUUCAAUAUUUUCUGGAGAUUUAGAAGACUUAGAAACAUGCUUGAAACCAC